UCUCUCCCUCUUCCCUUCCCCAUGGCCUCAUCAUCUCAAUUCUCAAUGUGACAAUCACAAUCUUGGCGUAAACCCUAAAACUUGAGAAACAUCUAUUGAUGGCGGAUGAUGCAACUCUGCGAAGAUCUCUGAUAUGUUUAGCUGCAAUCAUGGCGGUGAUAGGACUGUACACGCAUUCCUUGAAGAAGGUGAUGGCGACGUAUCUGUUCGGAAUGUUAGCGAUCGGAGGCGUCGUUCUUCCUGAUUGGGAGUUUUUCGAUCGUCCUGUUUCUCAAUGGAAUUCUCCAUUGUCUGUUCCUCACUUGCCUCCUCUUCAUCCCCCUCACUCACCUCCAACUCCCUCCAGGUUUAGGUUCUACCCUAUAAGAACAAUGAUUUACGCAAUGGUUUAUGGGUAUGCAUUCUAUAAAUGGUGGAUGUACAUAUCAUCAACCUAAGUUAUGUAUAGUUGACUUGAAACUGCCUACCACACAUAUAUAUAUAUAUAUAUAUAUAUAUAUAUAUAUAUAUAUAUAUAUAUAUAUAUAUAUAUAUAUAUAUAUAUAUAUAUAUAUAUAUAUAUAUAUAUAUAUAUAUAUAUAUAUAUAUUCCUAUUUUAAAACUUGUCUAAUAAAAUUUAGAUAAUAUAUUUAUUAAAUUGAUAUUAUUCUAUGUUUUUAUUGGGUUUAAUACUUGUCAAAAAGCUUUUGAAUGAAACUGUUGUUUGAAUUUUAUUUUGUGUUAGCACU